AUGAAGUUCGCAAAGGAAUUGGAGGAAGAUGCUGUACCGGAAUGGAGAGCCAAAUACUUGAACUACAAGCUGGGGAAGAAGAAGAUCAAAGCCAUCUCAAAAGCCCUCAAGAACCUGCAGAAAACUCCCGGCACAGAGCCUCGCUCAGCUAACUUCGACGGUUUCUCGGAAUCACGCACUCCCUUUACGCACUAUGACUUCAACCUCCACCGGCCACCCACCGCAAGGUCGAUCCAGUCCUUGGCCGAGAUUGAAGAGGUUGCCCCAGACGAAGAUGAAGAGCCAGGAAGCAGACCCGCGAUCCCUCAGCGCCACAGUCAUACCAUGUUCGCGGCGUCGCCGCCGAUAUAUAUCCCUGGGUCCCAAGAGAAUACACCACCAGAAAGUACGCCGCUCUACCCUGGUCAGUCGACGCGGCGAGUAAUGAAUUAUGGCUCCAUUGUAGGAACACCUCCAGAUGAGCCACCGGGCAUGAUGGCCGCCCUCGAGCUCCCCGAUCCCGCAUUGACCCCUGCGCGGACGCGGCCACCUGCAGAGACGGAACCGAAGUCCCAGGGCACGACUCCGCGACUGCCUCCUCCAGCCCAAGUUCCAGCUUCGCCGGAUCCGUAUCAUGUUGGUCAGACACAUCACCCUCCCCUCGCCAGGCACAGUUUUGCGGGGAGCUUAGCAAAGGCCAUGUUCAAGGGCCGACAGGCGGUCGCGGCCAAAAGUAAAUCUUUCUCAGCACCGCCGCAAAGAAUGAACUCCCUCUCCGCAUCGCAAAGAUUCCGCAAGAUUUUCGCACCCCGUGAUCUGAACGAGGCAUCUGUGAGCGAUAUGCAGCUCUCCGCGUACCAAGAGCUCGACGAGAAGCAGGCCGACUUUUUCACGUUCUUGGACAAAGAACUCAAUAAGAUCGAGGACUUUUAUAAGACAAAAGAAGACGAGGCCACCGAACGUCUACAGGUGCUGAGGACGCAGCUCCACGAGAUGAGAGAUAGAAGAAUAGCGGAAAUCUUAACCAUGAAACAUCAAAAGGAUGGCACGCAACUGCCGCACCUCGACAAUAUACGACAGCAAUCGGCAGAUGUUCUCAAGGAAAACGUAAAGCCCAAUGGAAGCGGCAGCCACCGAUUCCCCGAACGUAUAACACAUGCCGUGGGACGCCGGUCUACAAUCGGCAAAACCAGUCAAGCCAUGGCACAAAUGAGUUCCCCUCCAGGCCCCCAGGCCCAGAAGAGGAUCAACGAAGCAAAGAAGGAUUACGUGCGCCGCGACCAUGGAAACGAAAUCAAGUAUCCGGUCGCGAAGAAAAGGCUCAAGCUUGCGCUGCAGGAAUUCUACCGGGGACUCGAACUACUCAAAUCUUAUGCCUUGAUGAACAAGACGGGUUUCCGUAAGAUCAACAAGAAAUACGACAAGGCAGUUCAAGCCAGACCUCCGCUGCGAUAUAUGACAGAAAAGGUCAACAACGCCUAUUUUGUCACGAGCGAUGUCGUUGACAAUCACCUCAUCGCCAUCGAAGAUCUCUACGCGCGAUAUUUUGAGCGCGGCAACCACAAGCUCGCCGUCAAGAAAUUGCGAUCCAAGGUUGGCAGUGGAGAUCAGUCGGCGGUGGCGUUCCGCAACGGCCUGUAUGUUGCGGCGGGCUGUUGUUUUGGCGUGGCUGGUAUUGUCGAUGCUGCCUUCCGACUCAAUGAUCCGAGAAUGUCCGUGCAGACCAGUUACCUACUGCAGUUGUAUGCCGGAUACUUUCUCAUUGUGAUACUAUUUUUGAUGUUUGUUCUGGACUGCAGGAUGUGGAACAAAAAUCACAUCAACUACGUCUUCAUUUUCGAGUACGACAGCAGACAUGUGCUGGAUUGGCGACAACUAGCCGAAUUACCUUGCCUUUUCCUCUUCCUCAAUGGCCUCUUCAUCUACCUCAACUUUCGGCAGAACUCUUUCGAUUCGUUCUACAUCUAUUGGCCGUUGAUCCUGAUCAUCCUGACCGUACUCAUCAUAUUCCUGCCUUUGCCUAUUUUGUAUCCCCACGCGAGAAAAUGGUGGGCCGUCACAAACAUGAGGCUCGCCUGUGCGCCAUUCUUCCCGGUCGAGUUCCGAGACUUCUACCUGGGCGACAUGUACUGUUCAGAGACCUACGCCAUGGGGCAGAUCGAACUCUUCUUCUGCCUUUAUGCCAACGAUUGGAAUAACCCUCCACAAUGUAACUCCAGCCACUCACGCUUACUGGGCUUCUUCGCCGCCCUGCCUGCGGUUUGGCGAGCAUUGCAAUGCCUGCGUCGUUACUACGAUUCGCGGAACUGGUUCCCUCAUCUCGCCAACUGUCUCAAAUACUGCGGCAACAUCGCCUAUUAUGCUACGCUGUCGAUCUACCGGAUUGACAUGAGUUACACGACUUGGUCCAUCUUUGUCACAUUCGCUCUUGUGAAUGGGGUAUAUUGCUCCAUCUGGGAUGUGUUCAUGGAUUGGAGCUUGGGCGAUUUCUUCACUCAAAAGUAUCCUUUCCUCCGAGAGAGGCUCGCCUUCAAGCAAGUCUGGAUGUAUUACUGUGCGAUAGUGGCGGAUGUGCUACUUCGACAGCAGUGGGUGUUUUAUGCCAUAUUUACAUCCGACGUGCAACAUUCGACACUCGUGUCCUUUUUCGUCGGGUUCGCCGAGGUCAUCCGAAGGGGUAUAUGGUCCCUUUUCCGGGUCGAAAACGAACAUUGCAACAAUGUUGGGAAAUUCCGUGCUUCCCGAGACAUUCCAUUGCCCUACGAUUUACCAGAUUCACGCAUGGUGUCUCCUGUUCAGAAGCGCCAGACCCCAACCACUCCCCGUCCUCCGGAGCAUGAAGAACGUAUUGCUACUGGCGUGGACCUAGAAAGCCAACCCUCACCAGACGCAUCGUUCCGACAGCGUCGCACUCCCACGACGCCACGAACGCCCGCCAUGCGAGCCCUUCAACGCAUGGGAACUAUCAUUGGAACUGCUCACGCGCAAGACUUUGAGAGACGCAGAAGACCGCCCGGAGAUGAGAACGAUGGGCCUGAUGUUGGGGGAGAUGAUCACAGCAGCGAUGAAGACGAGGACGAUGCUGGGGCAAGUGGAGGGGAAGAGGAAAUGGCGGAAUUGGAGAGACAGAGGGCGCAACAGACCACAGAGCUUGCGGAGGCGAAUCGGUUGGUAGGAGACGGACUAAGACGUGGUCAAUAG